CUAAACUAAGGAUAACACCGAUUUAAAAUCACUCCAAUUGUUUCCUAGAUUUAUGUUAUCUUUUAAUAGAGAUGAGAUCGUAUAAAUUCAUAAUCAUCGCAUAGAUACUAAAAUACUCCAGUAGUAGAAAAGUGUAUCUGCCGUGGCCGUGUCCCCCGCCCUUUACGUGUGGUCUUGUCUCUCAAUUAUUCCUCUUGGCUAUAUUCCUCCGCGAUUAUUCAUUUGAUAUAUCGUGAUAAUGCAGGCGAUCAAGUGCGUUGUCGUCGGCGAUGGAGCCGUGGGUAAGACCUGUUUGCUGAUAAGUUACACAACCAAUGCGUUUCCUGGAGAAUACAUACCUACAGUAUUUGACAAUUAUUCUGCAAAUGUGAUGGUGGAUGGCAAACCAAUAAAUUUGGGUCUUUGGGAUACGGCUGGUCAAGAGGAUUACGAUAGACUGCGUCCUCUCUCCUACCCACAGACAGAUGUCUUUUUAAUAUGCUUUUCACUUGUUAAUCCUGCAAGUUUUGAAAAUGUACGAGCUAAAUGGUACCCUGAGGUUCGUCAUCACUGCCCAGCUACACCAAUCAUCUUAGUUGGAACAAAACUGGACUUGCGUGAGGACAAAGAAACCAUAGAACGACUUAAAGACAAAAAACUUGCACCCAUCACCUACCCUCAGGGUUUAGCUAUGGCAAAAGAAAUUGGGGCGGUCAAGUACCUAGAAUGUUCAGCAUUGACGCAGAAGGGCCUGAAGACAGUGUUCGAUGAAGCGAUACGUGCAGUCCUUUGUCCCCCUAUCCACCCUAAGCCAAAGCGCAGGUGUUUUCUCCUAUAAUAUUAAGUGUUUGAACCAAUGCCAGUAUAGCCACCUAUACGCCCUCUUUGUUUCCCAUCCCUUCUAUCAUCAUUAAUUUGAUUGAUUCGCACAGCAAAAAUUUUGAAAACAGCGGUCACCGCCUUAAUUGGCACAAGUUCAUGAUGCACAAAGCAGCGUUUAGCGGCACAACGUAACCAUUCAGUACCAUACACACCAUAUUGUUGGAUAUAAAUGCUAAAAUACUAAAUGAAGGUAACUAUUGUCAGUGUUCAUGAAUUAGUUGAAAAAAAGCAAUAGUCAAUAUAAUGUAUUUUACACAGCUGUCAAUGAGCUACUUUGUUACUUUUCUACAGCAUCACUUCUAUUUGCAUUCCUUUUCUCUAUUUUAACAACUUUUUUUUUAUUUCCGUUCUUUGUCUUAGUAACUUUUAUCGUGAUAAUUUUGUGAAAUGUUUUUAACUUUAAUUACCAGGACGUCCGUUACAGAAAUCAAAUGACUCUAGUGCCAAUAAUUAGAAUGCUCGUUGAACAAACGAUGAACAAUAUUUUCAAAAAAAGAAAUAAAUUAUUAAAUAAUAAUAAUAAUAGUUUUAAAAAGCAGAUGAACAUUAACAAAGGUGGCAUGGCUAGUUAGACAAGAGGGACGUAGAAGGAACCAAACUGAUUGUGUACAGUAUAUUUGAGUAUAUUAAUAAUGAUUAUUAAUAAUUAUAUAGGUAUAAAUGAUGAUGAAAACAAAACAAAGCAAAGGAAAACAACAAAAAAAAUUAAUUAACCCUACUAUUAUUAUUAUUAUUCUUAUAUUAUACAUACCACACAUGAAGUAUAUAGAUAUAGAUCUUAGGUAUACGCGAUUUUAACAAUACUACAUUAUAUUAACGAUAAAAACGAUAACGUUAGUAUCUCCAAAUUCCCCCGCCCACCUGCUCACCCAUCCACCCCUGUCCGUCGGCUGUCUAUUUACGUACGAUCAAAUCACUUCUACGUUAGAUGAAAUCAUAAAAUCAGAUGAACUGCGCCUGUGACUUGUUUAAAUGGUAUUUAUAAAUAUAUUCAAUGUUAUUGUGGUGAACUUUUGGACCUGAUUCGUUAUGGUUAUUGACAAUUAUGUAUCGUUCAACUUUGACACAACAAAUGCAAGUAAAUACAUUUUUUCCAUAAAAUAACAAAUAUUAGAGUGGUCUUAAUGCAAACUCUUAUAGUCAGAAAGUCGAGUGGUUUCAGUGUGCAAGUUGUUGGGAAAAUUGUUGUCCUUCUACUGUCAGAGCGAGAGACCUUUGUUAUGUCAGAAUUGGCUAGAUAUGUUUAACAAAUAGAAAACAGAUCAGGUCCAAGCUGAUAAAGAAUAAAUGUUAUUACAAGUGUUUAGUGGCGGAAGAGAGAAAAAAUAAAUAAAAAUAAAACCAGUACGAGAGAAUGAAGAAAUGAAUGUGAGUAAAAUGGCAUAUUCUAAUUGUAUAUAAUUGCCAAGGUUAAAGCUUAUUCCUACUAUUGUCGUAAUAUAUUAGCUACUAAACGGAUCUAAAACACACGUUGCUUGUUUUUAUAGUAAAAAUGAAUGAAAAAAAAGACUAAAAUAAAACUGAAAGCCCACGACUCUAUUGCAUCUUGGCGCUAGACCGUGAUAGACGUUCGUGAGCAGUUGUAAGAUAAAAUAACAUACGAGAUAACGGCAGGAUAAAAAAAUCAAGUAAUUGAAUAAUGAUGAAACCGUUAUUGUAACUAAAUUGGCUUUAUUAAAUGGGUGUUUAUUA